GAGCCACAUUGUUGUCUUUACCGCCUUUCUUGUCCUCCUCUGGGCCUUUUUCGGUGGGUUUUUUUCCGUUUACGUGACCAGAGGAAUACUCACUAGUAACGUUAGUGUCUACAACUUCAGCUUCGUCAUGUUCUUGGACAUGUUUAGUCUCGGCUGCUGUUGUUGGUUUGGACGGAGCAGCGACGUUACCGCGUUUGCUGGCGAGGGAAGGCGCAGCGAAAAGAGCUGGUUUUUUAAAAGUGUCCUUUGUUUCUGGUUCAGUUUUGUGUAGUGCUUUCUUUUCCGGCUCUCUUACAUGUUCUGCGGCCGAGCACUCGUCCGUUUCCAUCGCAGAGGCAAUUUGCUCCUCCGUAUUUUUCACACUCGCAUCCGUCGGCGGGGACGCAGCCAUGUUUAUUUGGGUGCAACUGUGAAUUUCGCACGGGUUAUCUAGCUAAGCCUCUAUACAUUCGCUAAUAAAUGAUACAAUCCAAAGAAAAGCGGUUGGAAAAUAAUUUCAAACACGACCGCACGGCAUUAUAAUGGAAUGUGUUAUGGUUGCGCCAGUCAAAAUAAAUGGUUUGUUGCGGAACUAAACAUCCCGUUCAGCUGUUCACCCGAGUUUUUUUUUGCAACAAGGACGAAAAGGCUUAACGUUGGUUCCUGUGCAACUUCCUUCAAAGAUACAAGGGCCAUUAACAUACGUUUCAUCCGUCCCUGUGUAAUAUUCAAUCAGAGUUUGAGUCCGGCUUGUGUCCUUCCGGCUUUCAUCACUCCUCAUGAUGCGUUACUGGGGUGAGAUCCCCGGGCCUGCGGGGGCUCCUCCCAGUCGCAGCUCCUUUGACUUGCUCCAGCGUGAGUUUCGCUCGGUGGAGAUGCAGGACCCUCCCCUGCACCAGCCCUCGGCCCAGCGGCCGCGACCCACCACAAUGUUGGACAUCCCCUCAGAGCCCUGCAGCCUCACCAUCCACACAGUGCAGCUGUGUCAGCAUGCCCGCCGCCUCCGUGGCCUCUUGUCAACGGCCCAAGCUCAGGGUCAGAGCUCAGCGUCUUCUGAGGGGGGCAGCAAGCUGGAGGAGGCGGAUACCAACCUGCCCCUGCGUCCUCCCACCCCACCUGUCAUGCCAGAUGACUUGCUACCUGUGGACAGCAAAGCCCCGCGGCAGCCCUUCGUUCUCCGCCACAGUGACCCUGAAAGUGACUUCUAUAAGGGUAAAGGCGAGCCUGUCACAGAGCUGAGUUGGCCCUCCUGCAGGCCACUCCUCUAUCAGUCAGUGGCCACCAUCUUGGCCCACGCUGGCUUUGAGUCGGCCCAGGAGAGCGUGCUGGAGACCCUGACCGACCUGGUCCAUGAGCAUUACCUGCGCCUCUCGCACAUGCUGCGGGUGGCGGUGGACCGGGAGGCUCGGAUUGGAGCAAGUCCCUUUCCAGACGUGGUCGAGCAAGUGUUCCAUGAGGUGGGCAUUGGCAGCGUGCUGGCCCUGCAGCGCUUCUGGCAAGUGCGGAUCAAGGACUAUCACAGCUACAUGCUGCAGGUGAGUAAAGAUCUGUCGGAGGAAUAUGAACGACUGGUGAACCCAGAUAAGGCUCUGGAGGACUCUAAGCCCCCGAGGAUCAAGGAGGAGCCCAUGAGUGACAUCUCUUUCCCUGUUAGCGAGGAGCCUGAGGCCGACCUGGCCUCUGGGGACCAAGCUCUGCCCAUGGGGGUCCUUGGGACCCACGCGGAGAGGCUGGCUUCAGGCCUGGAGGGUGACCAUUCUCCCCACACCUCAGGUGGGGGCGGAGCCAACAACUCCCCACUGUGGCCACAGGUGAAAAUGGAGCCGCAGGAUGGCGAGGAGGGCCGGGGUGCCGGCCAUCACCACCACCAUCACCACAGUGUCUUGGGUGGGGAUGUGUUCGAGGAGGGGGGGCCCAUGUCCACCAUGAGCGAGUCAGGAGGAGCCAUAGCGCCGUCUCCCGGAGGCGCGGCGUCCGACGCCAGCUACGCUUCACAUUCUCCCGACUCCUUGAUGAGCACCUCGCCCGUCUUCAACCAACGACCCAAGAAACGGGCGAAGAAGAUGUAAGGCAGUAUUUGUGGAUGCAAUAAGCUCUGAGAUGUGGACUCACCAGCAAGCCUUCCACGUUUGGUAUCUUGCAACAAAAUGAAGUGAAACACACCACUUGUACAGCGUAGGACUCAUCUGCAGAUGUAUAGCACUGCAUAAACUGACUGAGACAUUAAUGUCAUGAACAAACUGAACAGAUGUAAAAAAAAAAAAAAAAAAAUGUAUUUGUAUGAGUAUGCAUGUAUAGUUUCAUUCCAAAUAGUUGAAGAUGUUGCCAUUGAAUCUGUAAUGGGGUUUAUUGUCAAAUCUUCAUCUUUUGAAGUAUCAGUUUUGUUUGAGUUGUUUAGUGGGUUUCAGAAAAUAUAGGAGGGUUACAAUUAGCCUAAUGAAUAGAAGAACAGGAAAGCCAAGUUGUCCAAAACAAAUAAUUAAGCUCAACAGCUUAAUAAUUCAGCAGAAAGGUUUGUUUUCCCAAGCUAUUAAGUCUCUUUCUCCUCACGUACCAAUUACUGCCUGUGCCAUUCAUUACGAUUAAAAGAUGCUCCACCAACAA